AAAGUACGGCACCCUCUCGUUCAGGGGAAACCAUUAGCCCCAUCAGCUAUGCUUAUCUUCUUCAUAUUAAAGACUUCAAUUGAAAUGCUCUAGCUGCUAAAAAAACAUGCUGUGAUCAGUACAGUCACGGUGUGACCUUGCAUAAUGUGGCAUUUUCCUGAUAAAAGAGAUCCUUCCAGCGUUUCAGAGAACAUUAUGCAAGCUCCGACCUUUGACACAGCAGGCUUAAAUGUAAUUUGGCACAGCUUUAGAUGCAGCCCCAACUGUCACCCAGGCACAGAUAACUGAAAUCCUCUCCCCUCUGCUAGCUACUCUCUGUCCCAUUAGCAUCUGUAACUUUAUGGGGUUUUCUUCAUGGAUGGAUUAUUAUUAGUCACAUAGGAAAUGUAUUUUCACCAGUUCCUAAUAGUUUACCGAUAAAUAACUGUUCUUAUAUGCUGGCAAAUAUGAUUAGUACCACCUCCUAAUGCGUCACCCUUUGUAAAAUGUAACUAAUGGCUUAAUUAACAGGCUAAAUAAUGUAUUGAUGCGUUAUAGAUAGUUAUAAAUGUAACUAAUCUAUCAUUAAAUGAUGAGGUUAUUUUUAUUUAUGACAAACCAGUCUGUUUUUAAUAUUCAUUUACAAUAAAUAAGUGAAUAAAGAUUUUUAAUUUCCAAGUCUACUGUUAAAAAUAAUAAAUCGUUAAAUAGAUUUUGCUAUUGGCAGCCGAUAUGUACAAAUAUAUGGUUGAACAACCGGGCCAACCAACAUGUGUUUUUCAUCUUAUAAUUGAUCUUUAAAGCAUUGGUAAGUUAUUCAUUUCUUAAUAUUAAAGGUAUUAGUAACCAUUCAUAAUCCCAGGGGAGGAAUACAUAAUUGGCAACAGUCCACCACUACAUCUCCCAUGAGGCUUUGACAGUGUGCCACCUGCUUUAGACUCAUGGAAUGUGUUGUUUCUGCAUGCUAACAGAAUAACCGUUGUUUCCAUUGGUAAAAAUUACAAUAUGAGAUAUUAAAAAUGCCCAUUUAAUCUCAGAAUAUAAACAAAACACCCAUGACGUUUCGGAUUUUGUUGUUUAUAAGGAAACACAUUUAGUGACACAAGCUAGUAGCACGAGGGACGAGAGGCGGGACGCUGAAUUAUGUGACGUCGCAGGCUGUGAUUGGUUCUUACAGCGUCCCUGGACGUUGGGCUGGCCCUUUAAAAACGGGUCUGUUCCCACACUGGAAGAACAUUGAACCCAGAGUCACUCCGCUGCUUGUUACCAGGGAUAUCUCAUCAGACACUGCAAACAUGGUUGAGAAAUUUGUUGGGACGUGGAAGAUGGUUUCCAGCGAGAACUUUGAUGACUACAUGAAAGCAAUUGGUGUGGGCUUUGCGACCCGGCAGGUGGGGAAUCGGACCAAGCCCAAUUUGAUAGUGACCGUGGACGAUGACGGGAUUGUAUGCCUGAAGUCUCAGAGCACCUUCAAAACUACUGAAAUCAAGUUCAAGCUCAACGAGCCAUUUGAGGAGACGACCGCAGACGAUAGGAAGACGAGGACCGUGGUGACUCUGGAGAACGGCAAACUUGUGCAGAAACAGAGCUGGGACGGCAAAGAGACGAACAUCGAGAGGGAGAUCACGGAUGGGAAGUUGAUAGCGAAAUGCAUUAUGGGAGACGUGAUCGCAGUGAGGAUGUACGUAAAGGAGUGAUGGGGUCCCUUCGGCCCACUCAAAGGAUGCAUUGCCAGAUGACGGGCUCAGUUCAAUGAGCGCAAAAACUAAAGUAAAGGCGUGUCCUGCUCUUUCUAUUUAUCUUCACUGUGUUGCCAAAAUCAAAUUUCUGUGCCUCUGCUCUCCAACAUGACACAUUUGGAAUUGUUGUGGUGAUUUGAAUAAAAAUUAAUGAAAAUGUA